UAAAGGCAAAAAGCUCCGUCUUUCUCCGUGCGUCUCCUUUUAUCCUUUUCUCCAUCCGUCUAUCUGAUCUCUAAGGACCGGCCUUUCUCCCGUGGCUCCCCCGGAAUAGACUGGUGCUGUCCUCCCUCGUCUGUAUCUUAUACAAUCAUUAGUUUACUUUUGCGAAAAAGAAUGCAAAAAAGUACGACUAAAUUAAGAAAACGUGUAUUAAAUAUUCAGUCUUCAGCAAGACAAACAAUCCAUAAUGGCUGAAUCUAAUCAGAAAAUUAUGAUAGCACACCCGAAUGCUAAUUCUUUAAUAACAGGAUCUAUGAUUCCAAAGAACUCAGCUAUAAAAGUCAUGCCAAAAAUAUUGUCAUUUAAAUUAGUUAAGCCUCAAACACCAAAUACUUCUGCCGUAACUCACACAACGGAUUUAACACAGUACUUAACCACAGUGCCUUUGAUGAAUAAGAUGAGUCCUUCCAGUAUUCAGUUGCAUGAAAGUCCUUCCAUUACAGCAGCAAGCUCUACGCAGCAUACAGAUACAAUUAUGAGUUCAUUGGAUUUUUCGAUUGUAAACUCAGAUUCUUCCACAGUUAUGGAAAAGGAACUUAUGACAGAUAAUGAAAAAGAGAAUGAUUCUGUUUUCAACAGUGUUUUCACCAGUGAUAGCCAUUUUAUUUGGAGUCAUAAAAGUAUAAUGUUAUUUUUCUCAAAAUAUGAAGAACAUGAGAAAAAGUUUCAAAAACAGAAAUAUCAAAGUAAGGAGGCUAUGUUUCAAGUAUUAGCAGAGUCAUUCCAAAAGAAAGGUUAUAUAAAUGCUACCAAAAAUCAUAUGAAAAAUAAAUUUAAAUUAUUGAAGAAGAAAUGGGAUAUACAUAUUAAACGGACCACUGGAAAAAACAGCUCUGGAAAAGGCACAAAACCUCUUCCAUAUGAAAAAGAAAUGAUAAAAAUAUUUGGAAAAAGUCAUAGUGGAGUGCCACUUAUUGUGGCUAGUCGUAAUGGAAUUAUUUCUCAAAAAGAAAUUUUGCAAAACGUCUGUCAAAAUUUGUCUGAAAAUGAGAAUGAAGAGCAAUAAGAGCAGAUUUCUUCUGUACUACAUUCACCGAAUCCUGUAACUGUAGGUACCAAUUUAAAUCUCUUGUCAUCGAGAAACAAAUCGAGAAACCAAGGAGCAAUGUUUCAGUUCCGACAUUAUCGACUAAUAGCAGCAGAUCAUCAAUGACAGGUAGCAGCUGCUCCUCUUUAACAAAUACAAGAGUAAAAGUACGAGAUGGCAAAUUAGCGCUUACUUUGCAAUCAGUCAAAGAAUCCAUUUGUGCCGUGUUACAAAAAGAAAGUGAUGAUAAACAAGAAAUACGCACAAAAUUUCU